CAGCCGCCUCAUCCGACAGAUGAGGACGCCGUCCCUGCCCGCGGGAGCUGGCAGCUGAGGAGCCGUGUGACCAUCUUGGUGGGCAUGCUUCCAUACAAGGGAUGGAGGAACCAGAACAAUCAUAUACUAUUCUUCAUAUUUAGUGCUUACCAUCCAUAGAUCUCAAAGCAAUGUGCAGAGAAAGGUGUGAUUCCUCCGGCCUUCUCUCCAGUCUCCUGCCAUGGCUGAUACUAUCUUUGGUAACGGCAGCGAUCAGUGGGUGUGUCCCAAUGACCGGCAGCUGGCGCUGAGAGCCAAGCUCCAGACUGGCUGGUCGGUGCACACAAACCAGACUGACAAGCAGAGGAAAACGCAGGUGCUGAACCCGAAGGAGCUGGAGGUCAUCCUGGAGGUCAUCCGCAGGGCGGAGAAGCUGGACCUUGUUGAGCAGCAGCGAAUCGGGCGCCUGGUGGAGCGGCUGGAAAACAUGAGGAAGAACGUGAUGGGGAAUGGGCUGUCUCAGUGCUUACUCUGUGGCGAGCUGUUGGGGCUGCUGGGGACCACAUCGGUCUUCUGUCAGGACUGCAAAAAGAAAGUCUGCACCAAAUGCGGAAUUGAAAGUCUCGGGACCCAGAAACGCCCUCUCUGGCUGUGCAAAAUCUGCAGUGAACAAAGAGAGGUUUGGAAGAGGUCUGGCGCAUGGUUCUACAAAGGACUGCCUAAGUACAUCAUGCCUUUGAAAACCACCAAAGCCAACGAACUGCGUCUGCGGCCUCGACAAGCCGAGCCAGAUGUGCAAGAAGUGAAGGGCAUCGGGACAAACCGCUCCUACACCUGGGCCAGAGGGAGAGUGGUUUCUAGCGACAGCGAGAGCGACUCAGAAUUCAGCUCCUCGAGCCUGGAUGACAAGUCCUUGUCUGGGGGGCCCAAGGGCUUGAAGAUCAGGAAGCAUCACGCGGAAUCAGCGGCUGGCAGUGACUCCCCCAGAACGCCCAGCGGGAGCACCCACUCCAACGCCUUCUCGGAGAGCCGCAGCAGCCUGGGCAGCGAGCGCGGGGGAGGCCCGAGUGCUACCGAGAGCUGCCAGAAUGACCUGCUGGCGGAGGAGUGUGACAGUGAUGUCAGCAGGAGUGCCCCCGGCAAACGACGCAUCCACCCAAGUCCCUGGUGCUGAUGGGAGCCGACGUCUCACUGCUUGACCUGGAUCCAGCACACUCGUCUGACACAUCCAGUCUUGUACUCUCCACGUGGAUUGAGCGAACCCCGGCAUUCUGUGGCUUCUGAGUCGCCAUGAUUCCACACAGACCUUAAUUGACUUGCCGUUGGCUGGAAAGAGACAUUGCUGUCCGCUCGGCGUAGUUUGUCCCGCUUUUGUUUUUGCCUCCUGCUGGCUGCAGAAGAAUUGGAAACGUUUGGGUUGGAGGGGUGCUCUUCUGAGUGAGGAAGGGAGCAGGUGACACCAUGGUAGCCAGCCAGCUGUGUAUUAGUAUUUUUACUGAGAUUCAUUUCCCCCCUCUGUAAAAUGGAGAGCCCAACACUUACCCACCUCGGUAAGGACAUCGCAGUGCAGCGUGGUGAGAGCACUGAACUAGGAUCAAGAUGCUUGUGUUGUAUUCCUGGUUCACUGAGCGACCUUGAGCAAAUCACGUUGUGCAUCUCUGUGCCUGAGAUUCCUCGCCUGUAAAUGAUUUUUGUAAGAGUUCUGCCCGCUUUUUGUGAAGUGCUUUGAGAUCCACAGGUGAACGGCGCUACGUGAGAUUCACACCCACACCCUGCCUACAGGCCUGCACGUCAGGAAAGCCCUUGAAAUAGAGCGUGUGAGUGGCGCGUAGCCUUGUGCUGCUUCUCUGCACAGGGCGAACUUCCCUCGAUAAGCGGUGAGGGUGAAAUCCUGGCUCACUUGAAGUCAGUGAGAACUUUGCUACCAACUUCUGUGGGGCCAGAUUUCCAUCCUGAGUAUUCUCAUCGCAGUUAUUAUUGGGUUUAUUAUUGUUUUAAUCAGGGAUCCCCGUUAGCCGGUGCGAUGGCACUCCACCCUCCUCCCUUCGAAGGGCCCUUCUUGAACAUGGCUGCCUGCUGGGGAUGGUCAUUUAUUUAGAGAGGGAGGGUGCCGUGGAAGAGGAUGGCUGGUGCGAUUCUUUUAAUCUUUCUCCGGUAGGAUGUUUCCUCUCCUUUCUGGUCUCUGCUGUGUUGAAGUUGGUGUUGUGAGCAGCCUCUCUCUGUGCUGCCAACUCUGUGUGUUUUACCUUUCAGUGGGAGAACCCUGAUGGCACUGGGCACCCAUCUCAGCCAUGUGUUCUAAAAAGAAGGCUGCUUUCCCUUGUGAAGGUGGAAGAAGCCAGGUCUGUGUUUUCUCCUUGCUGUCCCCAGAUCUCAUGCAUCUGUCUGGCUGCAAUUUCUUAUGCGCUAAUACUUGGGUCUUUGGCACUGAUCUAAACUGGAGAGAGCUGCUGGUCUGGUGCCAUCCCCACCUCUUCUCUGAGGUAUACACUCUUCCCCAAUGUCUGGCAGAUGCCUAGAGGCCAAGCCCAUGACUCCUAUAAAGUGAUCAAGCAUUUUAAGGCCCGAGCCAAAGCCCAGAGAUCAAUGGGAGUCCUUCAGUUGACGUCAAAGGGCUUUGCAUGAGGCACAUAUUCUGCAAAGAGACCCAGAGACUCCAAAGAGUGCGGUCCAGGGACGACUGAUCACUUUAAAAGCAAUUCACUGCCACUAGUGAGUCACCUUCCCCUUUGUAAACUAGCCACGCUGAUCUAUUUAAACAAUUUCUCCUCCCCCUUCCCGGCUCACUAAUUGAUUGUAGGGUUAUUAAUAUAUAUAUAGCAAUUUGUUUUUGAGGAUUGCUUCUGAGACUUGCAGAAAUUGGGGUUUUUAUGAGAGGUUGGGGUGGUGGGGGAAUAUUUGUUUUUAAUAGGAAAAUACCCUGCAAUGUACAUACACACGCAUUGGAUUUUACAAAUGACUAUAGUAUAAAGGUAAAUGAGAUCAGGUACUGGGGCUCCCAACCCCAAGUGGUUUUGCAUCCAACCAAGCACCCUGCUGUUGCUCUUUGUGCUGCCUGCUGGGGUGAUGUGCUACAGGAUGGGCAUUUUAACUUUUGGUCUGGGUUAUGAGACUAAGACAUAUAGGGCCAGAUUUUCAAAGGUAUUUAGGCACCUAAAGAUGUAGAUGGAUGCCUAGGU